UACACUUUGCGCGAAACAAACGAUGGUGUCUAUUCUUUCAGUUUAUUUGAUACAUAAAGCAUAAUGUUGUUUUAUUCCUUCUUUAAAACAUUAGUAGAUCAGAAGGUGACAGUUGAGUUAAAGAACGAUCUUGCAAUUACAGGCAUUCUAAAAUCGGUAGAUCAGUUUUUAAACAUCAAACUUGACGAUAUCCAAGUUAUUGAUGAAGAACGAUACCCUCAUAUGGCUUCAGUGAAGAAUUGCUUCAUUCGUGGGUCAGUAGUUCGGUAUGUUCAACUUCCCCCUCAAGCAGUAGAUACAGCGUUACUUCAAGAUGCUGCUAGAAGAGAAGCAGCACAACCUUCUACAACUCAACCCGCCAAUGUUAAGGUCAAAUAAUAACCAUAAUCAACGCUAGCUUGCACGCAUAACAUGAAAUACAUUGCUAUCAAAUACACGCCACUCACCCAUGCACUCACAGCAUAUAGUAUAGCAUUCGUUGAAGAAUGAACCUAAUAUUAAAGAAACUCCUUUGUUCCCUAGAUGGAAGGAAUAUGUAUUAAGGAGGAAAUAAAAGCUUAAAUGUCAUUACAAC